AUGUUGCCGUAUCAGAUGGCCAUGGAUUAUGGGGGCUUUCAACGACAAAGCCCGGUCGGGGUCGGUGUCGGUGUCGGCGUCGAUGUCGGCGGACCCCAUCAGGGGGCCGCUGGGGCGCUCAACAUCAACCCCGCGUUCACGCACUCCUGCAUCCUCGAGCUGCGCAAGGAGAAGAGUAGAGACGCUGCCAGGUCUCGAAGGGGGAAGGAGAACUUCGAGUUCUACGAGUUAGCGAAAAUGCUGCCAUUACCGGCGGCUAUUACCUCCCAGUUGGACAAAGCCUCUAUAAUAAGGCUAACCAUCUCGUACCUCAAACUUCGGGAGUUCUCGGGUCACGGGGACCCGCCAUGGAAUCGGGAUGGGCCACCGCCAAAUAAAUCUGGCAAAGGUGCGAAUCGAGUGAGGUCAUCAGCAUCCGCCGCGAUGGACCACUUCGAUGUACAUCAGGGUACCCACAUACUUCAAUCGCUGGACGGGUUCGCGAUGGCGGUCGCUGCUGAUGGACGGUUCCUGUACAUAUCCGAGACCGUCUCAAUUUACCUUGGACUCUCACAGGUAGAGAUGACGGGGUCAAGCGUUUUCGAUUACGUCCAUCAGCAAGACCACGCGGAAGUCGCGGAACAAUUGGGCCUUGGGCUGACUUCGAGCAGCUCUUCCGGUCCACAGUCGUCGAGUUCCGGGCUAGCAUCGCCGAGUAGCGCGGCGUCUGAAGAACACGGAUCAUCUACCACCGCCAAUCCCGACGUGUCCUCGGUAAUGUCGUUAACAGCAAAUAGCCUUUACAAAGGAUACGACCGAGCGUUCUGCGUCCGGAUGAAGUCUACUCUCACGAAAAGGGGCUGCCAUUUUAAGUCUUCAGGCUAUAGGGUCGUGUUGUUACUGUGCCGUUUGAGACCGCAGUAUACGUUUAGCCAUACAAGAAAGUCCGCGCCACCGUUGAUAGGCAUGGUUGGCCUGGCGAUCGCACUUCCUCCGCCAAGUGUGCACGAAAUUCGCCUCGAAGCCGACAUGUUCGUCACGCGAAUCAGCUUCGAUUUUCGGAUAGCACAUUGCGAACCAAGGGUGUCCGAAUUAUUAGAUUAUACAGCCGACGAAUUAACAGGGAAAAAUCUUUACACUUUGUGCCAUGGGGAAGAUGCGAAUCGUCUUCGGAAAUCUCAUAUCGACUUGAUCCACAAGGGACAGGUAUUGACGCAUUAUUAUAGGUUGAUGAACAAAAGCGGAGGAUACACGUGGCUGCAGACGUGUGCCACGGUAGUGUGCAAUUCGAAAAAUGCAGAGGAACAAAACAUCAUCUGUGUCAAUUAUGUUAUAAGUGGUCGUGAGUUCGAAAAUUUAAUCCUGGAUUGCUGUCAACUGGAGGAAGGCGUUAUGGGUGUGAAACGCGAGGACGCAGCUGGGAACGAUCCAGAAAAUGGAUCACCGGAUGCCGAUAGAGGAGAGGGAAGAAAUCACGGUGGACCACCGAACCAACAUCAGGAACACCCACACAGGUCACCGCCGGAAGAUCGCGAAGACACUCGCGGAUCGGAGAACGAGAAACGAGGCAGCCGACAUCACGACAACAUAGCUCAGCUGCAACAAGAGCCGCAGACAUCGGUAGGGAACAUUAGCACGCUUGUAGUGAAAUUGCGCGGGCACAAACGGAAGCUGCACGAGGACGAUAGCAGCUCGAACGAGGAGGAGGACGAGGAGGACGACUCAACGGUGAAAGUUACGAAUAACGAGAGAAGCCACGCUCUAAGUCCAGCUCCAUCAAACCAUUCCAUUUCAGGAGGUGAGCAAGUAUUGUGCUCGGCCAGUCCGAAAUCAAGACGCGUGGAAGAUAGAACGAGCAACAACGCCGACAGUACCGGCACCUCCGUGAAAGAUUUAGAACAAGCGAUGUCCAAGCAUCUGCCAGUUCAGAAUCUCAAUAAGUCCCAUUCACCGACACUGCACCAACCUACGGAUUUCAGCACGGAUGCGUUGCUGAAGCAACAACAACAGAGGAGUACGAUAAAAUGGAUCGGAGCUCAUCAUCAUUUGGGGCAUUUGAGUCCGCAACAAUCGACCACCGCGCCAUUACCAGCAUCCGCUCUUCUACGACAAUUAUACGCGAACAGGGAGAGCGUGAUACGGGCUAAUGUUCACGGAAUCACGUCCAGUGGUAGUACAAGAAUCUCUUCUUCCGGUGAAACCUACUAUGCCGGGGACACGACACCGAGUGGCCCUUUGCCUACUCCACCUGGAUCCGAAGGAUCCAGUACCUACGGUGAACAUCAAUUCGUUUUAGCAACGCACAAUCAGAAGAGUUCCACUGGAACUAGUUGUGCUGACGCGUUUACCAGCCUGGUUUCCUCGUACUCUACCGCCAGCGGUUAUACGGUUGAUUAUCACUCAGCGAUGACUCCACCGUCAUCGGUUUCACCGAGAGACAAGCAACAGCAACAACAACAGCAACAGCUUCAUCCAGUGAACGUGAUAAGCAGCUACGAAGGUUCGUCGGCCUACACUGACCCCGUGCUACGCCAUCAAUACGAGCCAGCGCAACCGUUGCCUUUGAAGCCCCAAGUGUACUCGGCCGCCGUUCACCCGAGCGCAUUGGACGCUGCCGCGGCAUACGCUUCGGCUGGCUUGAGCGAGCAAGCGCAAUUUUACCAUCACCCGGCUGCCGGAGCUGGUUUCCACAUUUACCAUCCGACGAACAAGUCGACGACGAACGGUUGGUACAGUUCGACGUCCUAGUGGCGUGCGCCGGCACGCGAGAGACGUGUACUUAAAUAACUGAAAAUUCUGAGCCCAAAGUCCCCACAUGCAUAUCAGUGAUAUCAUAUUCACCUCGGCAUCUCUGUACACGAAUUUCCCUCUCGUUUUCCCUCUCUCCUUCCAUAUGUUUGUUCAUUUUCUCUUUUUCCCUUUUCUCCUGUUUCGCUUUACCUAUUUCUCACUUUCGUUACACGUUCGUUCAUCGUUUCUACCAUCGCUCCAGCUAGUUUUAUUUUGUAUCCUACUUUUUUCACCCUAUUUUUCCUCGUAUUUUUCCACUCAUCCCCGCGAACCCAGCGAAUCAUACGCGCGCAUCCGAUGUGCCAAUUGAACUGUAAAAAUCGCUGCUCUCUAUUCUCGACUAUGUAGAACGACUUAUUGUAAUAUAACAGAAUAAAUUAUUAUGUAUGUUGACAUUUUCGGAGAUAUUCGCGUAAGCAGAACGGAGGGUAGGAGUUUCUAAAGAAGAAAAAGAAAGAAAAAACAAAGAAGGGAAAGAAAAAAUGAGACAGAGGACAGAACAUGUUUGGUGCGACGCUCAAGGGGCAAAACGGUGAAUCUCGAAACGCGGUGAGCAAUUAAUUAACAUGGUUAGUUGUCCCACGUGACACGAGAACGCGCACGAAAAGAGGAACAACGGAGAAACGAAUAAAGGUUUACCAGCGUUAUUGCUGUGAAAAACA